GGCAUCUUGACUACACCUCGUGCGCGAAACCGCCCGACUGCCUGCGAAAGGGGUGGAAGCAACAAACUCGUCCUGCGAAGCAUUAUAUCGAACCAGGCGACGAACCGCCCAAGACAACAACGCCGACAGAUUAUGGGAGUCGCAUAAACGGCACUCCACGCGACCAGCCCACCACAAACGGUUGUUCCCACUCACCCCCCCAGAUUGCGACCGCGACAGCCAAGGCGGCAGCCUUCGCCAACGAUGCCUCGACGCGUGCAGAACUACGACGACUACGGGACGGCAGUACAACAGAUAAUUCUAUCGUCUACCGAUGCCGAGUUCCUCGACCAGCUCAUCCCGGUCCUCAAGGAUGCAACAAACACUUAUCGGGCGCAGGAGCUCACUCAGAACCUCUCGCAAUAUGCCGAGGACCGGGACGCGGAGAUCGAGAGGAUAGGUCUUACCAAACACGAGGAGUUCCUCAGUUCCGUCAAUCAGCUCCAGGACGUGCAGGAAAGGACCGUCGACCUAACAACGGAGAUCCUGAAGCUCAACCAGUCCAUACAAGCCAGCACCGAGAAGCUUGCCGAGCAGAAGCAGGCUCUCGUCAAUACCAGGGCGGUGCGGGAGAACAUCUCAGAGGUGUCGGAUGCGCUCAAAGAGUCGCUGAGGAUCCUUCACGCUGUCAACCAUGCGCACGAGCUCAUCCGCAAGAAGAAAUACUAUGGCGCGCUCAAGUCACUGGACGACCUGCAGAGCGAGUUCCUUGUUCCUAUAAUACAGAACAAAUACGCUACGCAGCACAAGCUUGCCGGGCUUAUACAAAAGUCAAUACGGACGUCGCAGAAGACGAUAUCCGAAGCCGUCAUGACCGACCUCAACACCUGGCUCUUUCGCAUCCGAGAGACGUCGCAGUUUCUUGGAGAGGUCGCCUUCUACCACACAAACAUGCGGCGAGACAGGCAACGACAGCGGAUAGAGGGCGAUGAGUUUCUCAGCCAGUUCAAGUUGAACUCCGCGAUCGAACUGGUGUUUGACGAGAGCGAGGAGUUUGAUGUGCUUGACAAUGAAGAAUUGCAAGUCGAUUUCACACCCCUUUUCGAAGCACUACACAUUCACGAUGCUCUUGGCCAGAGCGAUAAGUUCCGGUCGGAGUAUGCGGCAACGCGAAGAAGGCAGAAAGAAUUGUUGUUGCCCAGCUCGAUAAGCCUGACAACAGACGAUGAAUCGUCACUGAGCAGCUUACUUGAGAGCAUAUCUGGAUUUGCCAUCAUCGAGAAGGCUACAAUGAGGCGAGCACCACAGCUACGAAGCUCGGUCGAUGUCGAAGAGCUAUGGGACUCCAUGUGCACCGCUGCCAUUUCGCUCACAUCCAAGGCGCUGAGUGAAGUGACGAAUGCCGAGGUCUUGCUCAAGAUCAAGCUGGUCAUUGCGCUCUUCAUCCAGACGAUGGAGGGUUGGGGCUAUUCAGUGUCGCGACUGGAUGACUUCUUGCUAGACAUGUUCGACAAGUACGCGGAGCUCCUUAAGAAGCGGUUCAGCGAGGACUUCCAGGAGAUUGUCUCGACGGAUGACUACAUGCCUAUGGCCAUCAACUCCAAGAAGGAUUAUGAAAAUGUUGUCAAUGUGAGCUGGUUCUCUCAAGAACAGUCUGUUGAUGAUCUCACAUUCCCCUGCGUCCUGCCUUUCUCUCAAAUGUAUCCUCUGUGCUGCAUCGACAUCCGCAACUUCCUAAAUCAAUUCUACUUCUUUGCCGAUGAUCACUUCCAGCACCCUGCCAAGAUUGACGAGUCGUUGCGGAAGUCUCUCGACGAACUCCUGACGGAGAAGGUGUGCAAGUCUCUUGUUGAGCGACUCAGUUCGCAAUAUCUCGGACAGAUUGUCCAAAUUCUCAUCAACCUCGAGCACUUCGAGACAGCAUGCCGGGAGCUCGAGCAGCUGCUCAUGCGCGCGCGGUCGUCUGCUUCGGCUGGCGGACCAUUGACACUCGACGCUACCGAGCAAUUCCGCGACCACAAGAAGACCGCCGAGAAGCGCAUCUUUGAGCUGGUCAAUUCCAAGAUCGACGAUCUUGUGGAGACAGCCGAGUAUGACUGGACCGCACCGCAAGCUCCCUUGGAACCAAGCAACUACAUGCAGACGUUGACACGGUAUCUGUCCAACAUUAUGAACUCGACCCUCCUAGGUCUGCCGCGGGAGAUCAAAGAGCUCAUCUAUUUUGAUGCGCUCAGUCAUGCGGCAGAAAAGAUUCUGGCUCUCCCCCUGUCCUCCGACGUCAAGAAGAUCAACCCGCACGGCGUACAGGCCCUGGCACAGGAUGUCCAGCAUUUGACCGACUUCGUGGACGGCCUCGAGAAUGGCUUCAUGCUGCGAUCCAACCUCGACGAGCUCGAGCAGACCAUCCUACUCCUGCAGGCCGAGAACGCCGACGAGUUCUUCGACAUUUCCACACGCAACAAGAAGUACGGCCGCGUCGACGCCCUGAACGGGCCCAUCCUGCUCGAGAAGCUCACGCAGCAGGUCUCGUCGACCGGGCAGGUUACUGCGCGGUUCGCCAAUUUCUCGUCAAAUAUCUCAUCCCGCUUCAAGUAGAGGACCACUUUCACAAGUUCAAUCAUACAGAUUAUCCCUGUCCUUGUCCAGAGCCAGCAGGGAAACAAAGCGGGGGCUAUGUCACAACAGAUUUGUGUACCGUGCUCAUGAACCAUCAAAGUCAUAUAUUCAGCAAGAAGCCUGAGCUCUGCGCGCAAAGCGCUUCUUCAAAGUUCCAAUAGUGGGAAGGAGAAAAAUACAGCUAUGUAAAACGGAAAAACCUGCCCAGACGCCAUACUUCCAACACAUU